CACCCUUCUACAUUCACUAAAUUCUUCAUAGAAAGCUUUGCAAUCCUACUUUUUGGGCUUAUUUAAAGACCUCUCUCCCUCGCGUCUUCCAAUCUUCUCCCUUCUACCAACAUCUUCACAACUCCAACCACAGCAACCAUCCUCACUACCCUCCCUGGCCAUCAAGAAUCGCAACGAGCACACCCAACGUUGAGCUUUUAGCAAGAGUUGAUAAUCAUCAAGAAUAUCACAAUGUCUUCUUCUGCCUCAGCUUCCAACUCCGCUCCCGGCGCCGUCAAAGAUACAUCUUCGAACCCCCUGCCAAGCGCUACUAAAGUUUCAUCUUCAACCGCAAAGACACCUCUCAAUUUCUCCUCUCCUGAAGCUCAAAGCUUCGUCACCAUCCACUGCAAAGGUGCUGUCCAACCAUUCCGCACCAACAAGAACGUCAUUACCCACUAUUCACCUUUCUUCUCCGCUGCCUACAAUGGUGUCUUCAAGGAGGGAAAGACACAAAGCAUGUCCUUUGAGGAUGUCGAGGCUCCUAUCUUUGGCUUCUUUAACAAUUGGCUCUACACCCAAAAGGUCGUCAACGAGGAUGGCAACCGACUUCAACUAAUCGAAUAUGCCAAGUUAUGGUCAUUGUCCCAGCGCUUCCUAAUGCCCGAUCUCCAAGCCAUCUUGCUCAAAGAGACGGAAAAUACCUUACCGAGUUCUGAUGCCAAGUCUGGAAGCACUCUCAAGGAUUUUCAACAAUAUGUCUACCUUGUUGUGGACCAGCAGGAGGAUUCAGACUUGAAGAAGGUUGCUAUCAAGAAGACUCUCUCAUCUGUCAAUCGAAAUAACAUCGAUGCGGUGAUGAAUAACAUUCCGGAGGAAUUGAACAGCACACUGCAACCCUUCAUGACCAUCAUCAGUAUGGUGCUAAUGGAAUACAAUAUGAACGGCAAGGUCGCAAGCUCGCUCCUCCUGAAGGCCAACUGUGCGGCCAGCAACAAUAGCGCCGACAAGCAGGCUGCACACAUUACACACCAUACCUCCGCCAUGAUCUGCCACUACUCCCCGUUCUUCUCAGCAGCCUUCAAUGGCGAGUUCAUUGAGAUCACGACUGAACGUUUCCUGAUUCUCGAGCUGAAAAACGAAGUAGUGGACGAAAUCUACGCCAGCUUUGGAAGCAACUCGAACUGUAUAGACUUCAGAGAGUUCGCUUAG